UUUGACAGGGAACACCGGCUGUCAAAUAUUUACAUUUUCAUUUACCCGUUAUUUGCUAACUUAAUCACAAUGUAUCGUGCUUUGUAUGAAUAUAAAACCGACUUGCAACAGUAUCUUUCAUUUCAAACUGGUGAUCAAUUUACAGUGCUUGAUAACUCCCAAAAGGAUUGGUUUCUUGUACAAAAUGGUUAUGGUGAGAUUGGUUACAUUCCAAAGAAUUAUGUGCAAGAAGACAAGGUAAGUAUAAGUGAAGUACUGAAGUCCAUUGACCGGGCGAUAGAAGUAAUCCAUUAUGAUGCAAGCAGCAAAGGAGGAAAGUAUACACACAUCCAGAGAGAGAAUCUUAGAAAAUUAAUAGAACACCGUGAUAAUGUUAAGCAUUCUGCUGAUACUCAACAAGGUUCAGCAGCUUCCAGUGAAGUGCCAAGUUGUUCAAUACAAAUGAAUCGGCCAUCAGCGCGGCGAGCAGCUCCUGCACCACCAGCAGAAGGUCAGAGGUCAAGGUCAUCAAGUGAGGUAAAACCAGAACAGCCACAUUGCAGCAGCAUGGGUUUAGUCAGCAAUUCACAAAUACCAAAAGAGAUCGUGAAAGACAAUCAGGCUCAAAGCCCAGAGGUUUCAGAUAUGAGCAACAGAGAUAAGCAAUCUGCUUUAUCAUUAGCUAUGACUUGUCCCAAGGUAGAUACAACUGAUACAGGGAGCAGUCCAUUUCCUUCACCUUCCAAAUCAAACACAAUGUCAAAGAAAGUGCAAGGAGAAACAACAGUAAUUGACUAUAGUACUGUGGCUGUGCCUGCUAACCUUGGUGAUGAUCUUGUUGAUGUGGUCAGAAAUAACACCGGUGUUAGUUACAAGCUGUCCUGUGUUGCAGUGGAAACAAUGCUCGCUCACAUUGCCACCAGUAUUCCCGAAGUAUCCCAGCUGAUGGACAGGAUCAACAGAACAUUUGGAGAGGUUAAUGAAGGCAGUCAGGCAGAAGAAGAGAUGAAUGCAGACUAUGAGCGAUUGACUGAUCUGUUUGUGAGGCUGACAGAAUGUAAGGAUGACUCACAGCAGCGAGGCUGGUUCCUGCAUGAAGAUGAACACAUCAUCUCUGCCAACCUUACAGAGAUGCUCUCAAUACUCGAAAAUGCCAAGCCAUCUGUUUGCCGAAAAGUUUUAGAAUCAGAUAGUUUCGAGAGUGUUCACAAUCUUGUACAGUAUUACCAAAUGGAGAACCGGGUGUCACUGCGACUGAUGCUACUGCAGGUGUUUGGGGCCCUGUGCUCGCUGGAGGGCGGCAGUGCUGUCAUCACCAUGCUACUGUGCUCUGUCCUUACCACUGAGCUGGCCAAGGAGCUGCAGCAAAACAUAGAUGAUGUCCAGAGGAGCAGCUAUGUGGCCCUUCUGCUGUCAAUGAUCUUCUCAACUGGGGAGCCAGUACCAGCAAGCCUGCAUGAUCACUUGAAUGCUGAUUUCCUCAACUUCAUAUUUGAGAACAUAGAGAACCCUGUAUCGGGUGAUCAUGAGGACAAGCUGAGUGAUGUGCUUGUGAAUCUUGUGCUGGCCUUCAACCUUCACCUGCAUGUGCCAGCCGCUAGUCCAAUGCUGCAGGUUAUCGAGGAGAGGAGGACCGUUAAGGUGUUUACAGAGAAAAUACUACUGCUCUUUAACAGGGAUGAGGAUCCAGUGCGACUGUUUGAGGGCAGCAGUGUUCCUAACUCAGUGAUGAAGGUACUGCAGGACCUGUACAGUAGGCCGGGCACUGCUGGGAUCCUUUACACCAAUGACGCCAAGGUUCUCCUGGAUAUCAUCCUCAGACACCUGAUUGACCUCUCACCUUGCGACAAGCUGCGUUCUUCCCACCUGAAGUUGAUGCAGCUGUAUCUGGAGCAUGCAGACUAUAAGGAGCACCGUCAUCGGUCUACUGAGCUCCGUGAAUGUCUACAGCGGAUUCAAGCUGAGGAGGAGGACACUGGGGACGAUAAACACAUCGUGCAAUACAUAUUUACAAACCUCACCCUGUUCAAUGACUGAAUGAGUUCUGGGUACAAUGUUAAUGACUAGGUUUAAAUACAGGUUACAUGAUAAGCAGGGUAAUACAUAUAGUGUUGGGGUACACUUUUAACAACAUUGCCAGUCAUGCACUUGUUCCCUCUUUCAGAUGUAUGACCAAUAUUGAAGAUAUUUUUUUAAAUGAACUUUUGCUUUUGUAUGCUUUUAUUUGCUUUCUACAUUUUUACACAUUCCAUAUGAGCUUCAUCACCCCAGGGUAUAUACAGUACUGAGCUUAAUCACCCUAGGUGUCAGACAGCACUGAGCUUCAUUGCCCUAGGUUACAGACAGCACUGAGCUUCAUCAACCUAGGUUACAGACAGCACUGAGCUUCAUCACCCUAGGUUACAGACAGCACUGAGCUUCAUCACCCUAGGUUACAGACAGCACUGAGCUUCAUCACCCUAGGUUACAGGCAGCACUGAGCUUCAUCACCCUAGGUUACAGGCAGCACUGAGCUUCAUUGCCCUAGGUUAUAUACAGUACUGAGCUUCAUCACCCUAGGUUACAGACAGCACUGAGCUUCAUCACCCUAGGUUACAGACAGCACUGAGCUUCAUCACCCUAGGUUACAGACAGCACUGAGCUUCAUCACCCUAGGUUACAGACAGCACUGAGCUUCAUCACCCUAGGUUACAGACAGCACUGAGCUUCAUCACCCUAGGUUACAGGCAGCACUGAGCUUCAUUGCCCUAGGUUAUAUACAGUACUGAGCUUCAUCACCCUAGGUUACAGACAGCACUGAGCUUCAUCACCCUAGGUUACAGACAGCACUGAGCUUCAUCACCCUAGGUUACAGACAACACUGAGCUUCAUCACCCUAGGUUACAGACAACAAUGAGCUUCAUCACCCUUGGUAACACACAGCGCUGAGCUUCAUUGCUGUAGGAUACAUACAGCACUGAGUUUAAGAUAGGUGAAUGGCCAAUUUCAGUUAUUUCCUUGAACAAAUAAAUGCUUAACACAAUUAUUUAAUUUUACUUUGUUUAUUGCUUUUGUUUUGUUAUGCAAUAUUUACUACAAUAAAAUGCACAUUGGAGAAAUUCUGUUCUUUUGCGAGGUGUCGGAUGUAUUUAUUUAUUAUGGUGGCAUAUAACUGCCGUAGAUAACCUGUUAAUAUUCGCGAAAUGUUUCAUGUUAACCACUCAAUCUUCGCAAUAAUUAUCUAGCUAUCUAUUUAAUAUUCGCAAACCUAUUUCAGUAAGAUAAAUACAGAAGGCUAAAAACUGGCUUUAAAGUGCCCGUAACUGCCGCCUGUGUCCUUUUUUAAGUUGUACAACAUAAACAGGUUAAGUUUAUAUGGUUUGCGAAUUCCAAAUAAGUAACAUAAUAACUGGUUAACUAGAUAAGAUUCGGGUUACCACUUAUCUAUAAAUGCAUUUUUAGCUUUUAGUAGUAAAUGGUUAUCUAGAAAUGAUUUGCGAAUUCCACUUACAG